GCUCUUUCAGAGUAAAACCCUUUCGCUGGGCAACUCUUCAAUCUAAGCGGGAGACACUCUGUUCACUGGUAGCAACUGGAGUGAAUCCAGGGAGGGAGCAGACUCUGGAAACUCAGCGUUUGAAGAUCUGAAGACAGAAAUUUCAAAACCAACCUACUGUUGCAGUGCACUGAGUGUGGAGCGUGUAACAGCUAUAUUGCCUGUUAAGAGGAAAUCACGGUGCGAAGGGGCUCUAAACGCGUUUGUGUGCGGCUGAAGCUUUGGCCAUGGAGAAACCUGAGGAAUCCCGCCCUGUGGAGAAACCAUGGAAGUGUGGUGACUGCGGGAAAGGCUUCCGUGUCCCAUCUGCCCUGGAGACUCAUCGGCGCAGUCACACCAGAGAAAGGCCCUUCAGCUGCCCUGAGUGUGGAAAUGGUUUUACCCAGGCCUCAGCCCUGCGGACUCACCAGCGGGUCCACACAGGGGAGAGGUCGUUCCCGUGUCCCGAGUGCGGGAAGGCCUUCAGCAAUUCCUUCAACCUCCAGACCCACAGGCGACUCCACACUGGUGAGAGGCCGUUUUCUUGCUCCGAGUGCAAGAAGGCAUUCAGACAUUCCUCUUACCUGCUGACCCACUGGCGGGUCCACACGGGGGAGAGGCCCUACAGCUGCCCCGAGUGUGGGAAGGCCUUCAGCAAUUCCUCCCACCUGCUGACUCACCAGCGGGUCCACACAGGGGAGAGGCCAUUCACCUGCCCCAAGUGCGGGAAGGGGUUUAGUCAGGUGAGCAACUUGUGGAAGCACCAGCGUCUCCACACUGGGGAGAAGCCCUUCAGCUGCCCCGAGUGCAGGAAGGCCUUCAGCAAUUCCACCACUCUGCUGACCCACCGGCGGAUCCAUACGGGGGAGAGGCCAUUCCCCUGCACCGAGUGCGGGAAGGCCUUCAGCAAUUCCUCCAUCCUGCUGAGACACCAGAGGGUUCACACAGGGGAGUGGCCCUUCAGCUGUCCUGAGUGCAGGAAGGGGUUCAGUGAUUCCUCCAAUCUUCAGACCCACCAGCGGAUCCACACUGGGGAGAAGCCUUUCAGCUGCACAGUGUGUGGGAAGGCCUUCAUCUGCUCCUCCCACCUGCGGAGGCACCAACGAGUUCACGUGCCAUCGCAGGGUGAUUGAAGGAGCAACAACCGAGUGCCAUGAGGGACUGGACUAUCAACCCAGUUCCGGGGACUCCUGAGUUUGAAUCCAGCCCAUGGCAGAUCACGGAAUUGGAAUUCGGUCCGAAAUCUGGAGUUCAGAAUCUGAUAGUGAAACCGUUUUUGGGGUGGGGGGCCCAUCUGAUUCUCACAUGCUCUUUUUAGGGAAGGAAACUGCCAUUGUGGGAAAGGAUUCAUUCAGUCAUCCAGCUGCAUCCUUUACCUGGUCCAGCGUACACGUGACUCCAGACACACACAGCUGUGUGGUUAACACUAUACUGCUCAGGUAAAACAAUGACUGCAGAUGCUGGAAAUCAGAUUCUGGAUUAGUGGUGCUGGAAGAGCACAGUAGUUCAG